AAUGUCGCUCCCAUAAUUCUACCAGCGAUCAAAAGUACAUAGUGUGGAGUAGCUGCCAUUUUACAUUCUGCUGCCACAGUGAACGUUUUUUUUUUUCUAAUUUCUCGAUAAAAGUUGGCAAUUACUCUCCAUAAAAUAAUAAAAUUGAAAAAUGUCGCGUUACCGCGAGUGGGACCUCUCGUGCAAGGUGUACGUGGGCGAUUUAGGAAGCAGUGCCAGUAAACAUGAGAUUGAGAAUGUCUUCAGUAAAUAUGGGCCUCUGAGGAAUGUCUGGGUGGCAAGAAAUCCCCCAGGUUUUGCAUUUGUUGAGUUCGAAGAUCCCAGAGACGCCGAGGAUGCUGUCAGAGGCCUUCAUGGAACACGUUGCUGUGGAACACGUGUACGAGUUGAGAUGUCCUCUGGUCGCAGUCGUCGAGGUGGUGGACGUCGAGCAGGUCCUAGAUCUCGGUCACGCAGUCCUCGAAGGAAAUCCAUUGGUCGAUAUCCAAGGUCCUUGUCAAAGAGUCCCAAGAGAUCUCCAGUGAAUCGCUAUUCCAGGUCACGUUCUCGUAGCCCUCGCAGAAGGUCUCUAACCCGCAGUCGGAGCCGAGAUCGUCGCUCUCGUUCUGACUCACGAGACAGACGGCUCCAAAUCACGAUGUCACGCUAUCGGGAGUGGGAUUUGUCUUGUAAAGUUUACGUCGGUAAUCUUGGAAGUAGUGCGAGUAAACACGAGAUUGAGAAUGCAUUCAGUCAGUAUGGACCACUGAGGAAUGUUUGGGUUGCGAGAAAUCCACCAGGUUUUGCAUUUGUUGAGUUUGAAGAUCCCAGGGAUGCCGAGGACGCUGUUAGAGGACUCCAUGGAAAACGUUGCUGUGGGACACGAGUGAGGGUUGAAAUGUCCUCGGGUCGUAGUCGUCGAGGUGGUGGUGGACGUCGUGCAGGUCCCAGAUACUCAAGGUCUCGGUCACGCAGUCCACGCAGAAGAUCUCUGACUCGCAGCCGCAGCCGAGACCGCCGCUCUCGUUCUGAUUCACGUGAUAGACGGUACAGAUAAUUCCCAAAAAUCCACCAAAAAAGAAAAAGAAUUCCCACGAAUUUCCUUAGCCGAACUAACAAUCAAUUGAACGAUUCCAUUAACUAUGUAUUUCUUAAAAAUUAAUUACAGUUAGGUGACAACAAAGAAGAUGAUCUCGAUGAAUUCUAGGAGGCGUUAACAUCAGAUUAAUAUUGUUUUAUUUGUAUAUAAACUGCUGUCACUAUGUUCACUAAAAAUACAAAUAGAUCAUGAACAAGAUUUAUUGAAAAGCGAGAAGAGAUAACGAAAAUAUCCGCUUCAGACCAGCUUGUCUUGGCAUUAACACGCGAUUAAUUUGUAAAUGAGUCGUUCGACUUGUGUGAGUUUAAUCGUGCAUCACUGGACUUGUGCUAAUAGCUAAUUUGCAUUAUUGAAGACAAACGAAUUCAAUGGCAAAUGUACGAAUAAUUUUUCAUGAGCUUAAUUACUAUUGAUGAGAUAAAUGUAAUAUUUGUACGAGUGAGAGUUUCAUUGGUCAUUUGAUUUAACGAUGCUCAACCAAUUGAUGAUUUAUUUUGGUUAGAUCUGGAGAUAAAUUUAGGUGGAAUAACGUCGAGUUACACGAAACUCUGACGUUUUACGUUCUAUUCAUUAUUUUAUACUUUUUAUCGAUUUAAGAUUGGAAAUAAAUCUGUAAUGCAUAUA